UUUCUCACACUGACCAUGGAUAAAUUCCUGAAUGAUAUAGAAAGGGAAAAGCCCAUCAGGUUUACUGCUCAGCAGCUCAGGAUUGCAACUGAUAAUUUCACCCACUUUCUAGGUUCAGGAGGUUUUGGAGAUGUAUAUAAAGGGAUAUUCAGUAAUGGAACCGUUGUGGCAGUGAAAGUUUUACAUGCAAACUCGUAUAAGAGUAUAGAGGAACAGUUCAUGGCAGAAGUGAGCACAAUUGGAAGAAUACAUCAUUUCAAUCUGCUUAGACUCUAUGGUUUCAGCUUUGAAAGAAACAUGAUAGCUCUAGUUUAUGAGUACAUGAAGAAUGGCUCACUCGACAAGUAUUUGUUUCGCCAAAACAAGGACUUAGGAUUUAAUAAACUUCAUGACAUUGCUAUUGGCACCGCCAAAGGAAUUGCAUAUUUGCAUGAAGAAUGCCAGCAGAGAAUCAUACACAAUGACAUAAAACCUGAAAACAUUCUCCUGGAUGCAAAUUUCCAUCCCAAGGUAGCUGAUUUCGGCUUGGCAAAGCUCUGCAACAGGGAAAACACUCAUAUAACCAUGACAGGACGAAGGGGAACACCAGGCUAUGCAGCACCAGAACUCUGGAUGCCAUAUCCUAUAACUUUCAAGUGCGAUGUUUACAGCUUUGGAAUGCUGCUUUUCGAAACCAUAGGCAGGAGAAGGAACCUGGAAAAAAAUCUUCCCGGAAGCCAAGAGUGGCUUCCAAGGUGGGUAUGGAAAAAAUUUGAAAAAGGAGAAUUGGAGGAGACAAUGAUCGCGCUUGGAAUUGAGGAGAGUGACAGGGAGAAGGCAGAGAGGAUGAUGAAAGUAGCUCUGUGGUGUGUUCAGGAUAAGCCUGAAGCAAGGCCCUUGAUGAGUGUUGCGGUGAAAAUGUUGGAGGGAGCAACAGAGAUUCCAACUCCUUUGUAUCCAUUUAGGCACAUUUUGGCGGCAUCUCCAGGGCCUGAGCAAUCUGCUCCAGCCUGUCCUCCAUGGAAUGGAAGCACUUUCGAUUUCAGCUCUUCAAUGGCUGCAGAAUCUUCCUUGAUGACAAGUGCAACUCCUACCAUGAAGAAAUAUGAGAUUGGAUUGGCCUCCACCUGAAUAACCUGCCAUUAAAACUCCUUCUGACGGAAUCUUCACAGUAGAAUCUUUAUCCCCAUAUACACUUGUACAACAUACAAA